AAACUAGGGUACCUUUGACUUUGGGGCACAUUUGACUAUGGCCUUUUCGAAGUCAAGCCAGUAAAAUCAAUCGCAUUUAUAAAUUGGGAAUGGUGAAGUAAUUGAUUUUAUUCAAUAUGUUGAAGUUUACCAGUUAGUGUUUAUACAUUUUGGUGAAGCAACACGUGUUUUUCUCUUUUCUCUGCGUUCUGUGUUAUUUUGUGGCAGUGAUAUGCAAGACAUUUGUGAAGUCAAUUGAACACCAUUUUAAAGUGCUAAGUGAACUUAACUAGUAUUAUUCUGAAUAAUUUUGAAAAGAUUUGGAAAUUUAAGAAUAAAAUAAUUGAAAAGGUAAGAAAAUUGAAAUUUCUAAAGUAAACUCAGUUGGGGUACAUUUGACAUUUUCGAAUGGAGCACAUUUGACAAAAUGUACCCCGUCUCUGUUUUGACUAUGUAAUGAAUUCACUUUAUGCAAUUUAGUGUUGAUAUUCAGCAGGAAAAUGGUACGCAAUUACAAAAAAAGACUAAUCGGUGUGCCAUAAAUGAAGAUAAUAUUAGAAAGGCAAUAACGGAUAUCAGAAAUGGGACUGAAACGCAAACUACAGCUGCCAUCAAAUACGGAAUAAAUAGAACAACUCUAAUCAUGCGUUUAAAACAUAAGGCACCUUCUGCCAAUCUUUCAGAUUCUGGCAAUGAUAGCAGCUCUGAUGAUUAUUUUAAAUUUCAAUCGAAAUUCACAUCUCGCCAGACAUUUAAUAAGCAACAAGAAACCGAUAUUUGUGAUUACGUCAAGAAAUGUGCUUUUUAUUCUUACGGCUUAACUUAUCAAACUUUAAAAAAGUUUGCAUAUGAUUACGCUAAAGCUAAAAAUUUGGUUACUCCAACUGCCUGGGAAAAAUCCAAAGAAGCUGGAGACGAUUGGCUUUACGGAUUUCUUAGAAGAAAUGAUUCUAUAUCUCUUCGUAAACCUGAAAAGAUCAGUUUGGCAAGAUUACGCGGUUUAACUAAAUCAGCAGUGGAAAGUUUUUUCAAAAACCUUACUACGUUGUUUGAAAAGUACUCAUUUCAGCCAAAAGAUAUCUAUAAUUUGGACGAAACUGGUUUAACUACCGUGAUGGAGUCUAUUAAGAUUUGUGCUGCAAAAGGACAACGUUCUGUUUCUCAAGCAUCUUCCGCUGAGCGCGGCAGCUUGGUUACAAUCGUUGGCAUAGUUAAUGCUUGUGGAAAUCGUUUGCCUCCGGCUUAUAUAUUUCCUCGUGUACGUUUCAGUGAAAGAUUCGGAAGUGGAUGCAUGCCCGGUUCGUUGAUAUUGAAUACAAAAUCCGGAUGGAUGAUUUCCGAACUCUUUGCAAAUGUGCUGAAACACAUUAAAAACUUUACGAACUGUUCAGUUAAAAACCCAAUUCUAAUUCUGCUUGAUAAUCAUGCGUCACAUUGCAGUUUGGAAAGCAUUAACUAUUGCGCCGAGGCUGGAAUUGUAUUACUUUCUUUUCCUCCACAUACAUCCCAUCGUCUACAACCAUUGGAUGUAUCAGUUUUCGGACCCUUUAAGCAAUUUUGCCGCAAAGCCUUUAACGAUUUUUUAACCACAAAUCCUGGAAAACAAAUCAGUAUAUAUGAUAUCGGCACCUUAACUCAACAACCAUUUCAAAGAGCAUUUUCCCCAGAAAACAUAAUGAACGGAUUCAAAGCAACAGGAAUUUGUCCUCUCAAUACCCAGGUUUUUCAAGAUGAAACAUUUGCGCUGGAGUCUGUAACAGAUGAGGAAGUUGAACGCGUUCCUCCUGAUAGAUCAGAUGAUAUGAAUUCAUCACAAAAUGCUACAAAAAAUCCACGAAGCAACCUAAUAAAAUGAGUUUAUAUACAAAAUGCUGGUUUAUUUUAAUUCAAAGACAGCACAAAAUUGUUUUACCUAAAUAUGCAUGUAGGUGUCAAAUGCUCCCCUCCUAAAGUCAAAUGUACCCCGUGACAGGGGCACAUUUGACAAAAUGGCUUUUUUUUUAAAAACUGUAAAUUAAAGUGUAAAAGGGAGUCGCUGAAAAAAAAACUCCGGCAAUAUUAUAAAGCUGAAUAAUUGCUCUAAAGCAGGUAACAACUUAUUUUAUGAUAAUUCAAACACAUUUCGAGAAAUUUUAUUUCAAAAAAAAGGUGUCAAAGGUACCCCAGUUUCCCC